GUAUAUUUUCACUUAUUUGCAAUUCCAUGUGUGUUAUACUUGGUGCGUUGGAUGAAUAAGUGAAUAAGAACGGCUUGUAUUUGCUUUUAGACAUAUGCAAAAUUUUAAAUUAAAUUAAAAUCAGGUUGAGAGUGGAGAACAUCUGUUAUAUUUUCAUUUUGAUUGUAUUUCCAUUAAUUAUAUAUCGAUUAUAUAUCUUUAUUUAAUUGUGAGAGAAAUAAAGAUCAUAUUUUCGUUGGACAUGGAAGCGGAUAAUUCUAUCAAUGCAGAGUCGUCGGACCAGAAGAACAGAGCCAUACUGUUGGAAAAGAUUGCUAUAUUGAAAACAUAUGUCUCUCAACUGGAAGGCACGAUCGAAACUCUCAAAUCCAAACAAUUACAAUUGGCAGAAAUACAAUCAAAUUUGUUGUGCAAUAGCGGAGUUACAAAUCAUAACGUAUCAGCUGUGCAAUCGUACCGGAUUUCGAAUACGGAACUCUACCACGAUAUUUUUCAAGUCACAGAAAUGCUGUGCGUAAAGUCCGAUCAAAAUCUGAAAUUUGUCUUUGAAAUAUCUAACAUCAAGGACAUUGAAAAGAUGAAUUUUUACGUGAUAGAGAUAUUGGUAGACAAUGGUUGUGGAAAAUUAGGAAGAUGUGCACUACCUAACUUUAUCGAUAUGCGUAAUAUAUUGUCGCGAUAUCCCAUUGACAAUUUGAAUAAUGUGAAGCACUUUUUGAAGAGUUGUAAGCACCGUAUUGAUUGCUACUUUUCUCGUCUAAAACAGAUUGAUGAGUUGAAGAAAUUAUUUCUAGAAAUUGAGAACAUCUCCAUAUCUUACAAUUAUGAUAUUAGCUUGAUCGAAUUAGCAAUUAUUGGAGUAACAGACGUGAACACUACAAAAUUAUAUGACGUUGCACUUUACUUGUAUUACAAUCUUGACGAAACGAAACCUUACAAACUGUCAUCGACUGUAGAUGACGUCGAAACGUCGUUACCAGCUGUAAUCAGAAGAUUUAAUAAGUACUUCGAACCGUUUUUGAAGAUGGACUUGACCUCGGCGUUUCUGCAGAUUAGUGAAUUCCGAAAUGAAUUUGUUUGGGAGAUACUUAUGGAGGAGGACGACAAAGAUGACAUACAGAUCUAUGAAGAUGAAACAUGUCUUUAUCGAGGUGAUAAAGUAACGAGGAGCAACAAAAGUGAGACAUAGUACGAUAGUACGGAGAGUGGAAGUGACAAGAUAUCUAAUUGGAAAACGAAAUGGAAACUAGUGUUAAAAAAGUACAGCGUAAAGAUGUUUAUGUCAUAGAAGACAUAAUUUAAAUUUGUAACUAGUUGAUAAAGACUAAUUAAUAAAGACAAGCAAA